AUGCCGUCGAAAACAGCGAGUCAUAGUUCCACCGCGAAUCCACACGGCAAGUCACGGGUCGCCGAGACGAUCCGCAUGUUGGAAGCCGAAUCUUCCGAUCUACGGGGUUUACUGCAGUCUAUUAACGAAGCUCAAUCCUUGGAAUCGAACCGUCACAACCUCGAGACUGUCCUCGAAGGCCCUCAGGGUCUGGCACGUCGCUUGGGAACGGACCCCAAAGCCGGUCUCGACCGAGAAACCAUCGAAACCCGCCGAGCCUGUUUCGGAGCGAAUCGCCUGCCCUCCGCCCCACGCAAGACCUUUGGACAGCUCUUUCUCGACACCUUCGACGACGCUACGCUGCAGAUUCUUAUCGUGGCCGCACUCGUGUCGCUCGCCGUUGGCUUGUACGACGACCCCGCCACGGGCUACGUCGAAGGCUGCGCCAUUCUCGCCGCCGUCCUCGUCGUAUCCUUCGUGACGGCCGUCAACGACUUUCAAAAGGAAUCGCAGUUUCGCGAAUUGUCCGCCGCCAACGAUGCGGUAGACGUUCUUGUAGUCCGGAACAACGUACACUGGCAAAUACCGGUGGAUGAAUUAGUCGUGGGGGACGUUGUCUGCGUCGAAGCCGGCGACCAAAUACCCUGCGACGGAGUUCUCCUUGUCGCCGAUGAUGUCCAAGUGGACGAAUCUGCCUUGACGGGAGAACCGACUGACGUGGAUAAAAGUUUACAAAAUGACCCUUUCGUCCUCUCCGGAUGCACCAUGGAAGCCGGGACGGCCAGAUUCCUGGCCAUUGCCGUCGGCAAAGACUCGCAGUGGGGUAUCAUCAAAGCGCAUUUAGACAAAGAACACUCGCAGACGCCGCUACAGGAGAAGCUGGACGAUAUGGCGGCCAUGAUCGGAUACAUUGGUAUGGCGGCCGCCGCCGCUACUUUUUUAGCCAUGAUGUUCAUCAAGGUCGUUCUCAAACCGUCCUACCUGGCUCAUAUUUCCGUCUUUAAUUACGCGCUGGAAGCCUUUAUUAUCGGCGUUACCAUUGUGGUAGUGGCCGUCCCGGAAGGUUUGCCUCUGGCGGUGACCAUUUCCCUUGCCUUUUCUACCAAGAAAAUGUUGGCCGACAAGAACCUCAUUCGUCACUUGUCUGCUUGUGAGACCAUGGGCAACGCCACAAACAUCUGCUCCGACAAGACGGGAACCUUGACCGAAAAUCGUAUGACGGUGGUGAAAGGAAUCUUUGCCGACACGAGGUGUGACGACACCAUCAAUCGGGUCCCGGUCUUGAUCAACAAAAAGGCACUCGAGGUUAUUUUGGAAGGAAUUGCCUGUUGUUCUACCGCCAAAGUGAUACCAGCGCAAGCGGCCGUUGCCAACGAACACGGUAUUGACGAUCUGCAUCUCGUCGACGAUCGCCCCCACAUUAUUGGCAACAAGACCGAAGCCGCCUUGCUUAUCCUGGCGCGUUCAUCCUGGACCCCACACGACGAUACCGACCAACGUCGCGUCGACGCCAACUUUGGAGCGGAAGGUGGCUCUCGUCUCUUUCCUUUUUCGUCGUCCCGGAAGUGCAUGACGGUGUUCGUUACCAAGGACGAAGCUGCAGUCUCGGAUACCAGCAUUCGUACUCGUCGUGCGACCAAAAAUGUCCAAUCUUAUACAUUGUACCAUAAAGGAGCGGCCGAAAUUGUGUUGGAUAAAUGCACCAAAUACCUGGACAUUGACGGUACCGAAAAGGAAAUGUCGGACCAGAAGCGAGAAGAAUUUGCCAAGCUCAUUCGCGAAUUUGCUUCGCAGGCACUGCGGUGUGUGGCACUAGCUCAUCGUCGGGACAUACAGAACGUGGUCGAUCCGCAAACGGUCACACAACAGGAUUGUGAAAAAAAGUUGGAAAAGGAAAUGUGCCUCGACGCCAUUGCGGGUAUCAUGGACCCCCUGCGGCCGGACGUUGUUGAAGCCGUGGCUAUUUGUCAACGUGCGGGCAUCUUUGUUCGUAUGGUGACGGGGGAUAACCUAGACACGGCGGAAGCGAUUGCUAGACAAGCUGGUAUUCUGACGGAAGGCGGUAUUUCCAUGAUUGGCGAAAAAUUCCGCAAGCUAACGCCCGCCCAACUCGACGAAAUUCUUCCUCGUUUGCAAGUGUUGGCCCGCUCAAGUCCGGAAGACAAGCAUACACUCGUCCAACGUUUGAAUGGUGCAGCCAUCCCGUCGACCGAAUCAGAAUGGUGUGAAGCGCACCCGAACAAAGACUUUGCGACCCAACGUAAUUUGUUACUUCCGGGCUACAAGGACGAAUGGGCCAAGAGCCGAUUUGGCGUCGGGGAGGUCGUUGGAGUCACAGGAGAUGGAACGAACGAUGCUCCCGCACUCAAAGCGGCUGAUGUCGGUUUGUCCAUGGGAUUAAGCGGAACGGAUGUAGCCAAAAAAGCUUCAGAUAUUAUUAUUAUGGACGACAACUUUGCUUCCAUCGUCCGCGCCGUACUUUGGGGACGCUCGGUCUUCGACAACAUUCGCAAGUUCCUUCAGUUUCAGUUGACGGUCAACGUUGUUGCCUUGACAAUUACCUUUUUGGCUGCCGUCGUGGGGUACCAACCUCCCCUCAACGCGGUCAUGAUGCUGUGGGUCAAUCUGAUCAUGGACACCAUGGGUGCACUCGCUCUCGGUACCGAGCCACCUCUCAAGGAGCUUUUGGACCGCCGUCCAUACCGCCGCGAUUCCAGCUUAAUUAGCCGUCCAAUGUGGCGCAACAUUUUGUGCCAAGCCGUCUUUCAGCUUUCACUCCUGGUCUUUUUGCUAAACAAGGGGCCCGCCAUGUUUGAAUGCGAAGACGGUUCCAGACAUCACUUUACUAUUCUUUUCAACGCUUUUGUGUUUUGCCAGGUGUUCAACGAGUUCAAUGCACGUGAAAUUGGAGAUCGCUUUGAUCCACUUCGUUCCUUGUCCGAGAGUCCCAUGUUUUUACUAGUAAUUGUCUUUACCAUGGUGGCACAAUGGGCAAUCGUGGAGUUCGGAGGUGACUUCACACAGACGUAUCCGUUGAGUUGGGAAGAGUGGAAGAUCACCGUUGGUCUCGGAGCGAUAUCUUUGCCCGUCGGUUUCUUCAUGCGAUUGAUCCCCGUUUCAGAAGAUCCCUCUACGUUCGCCGGUAUUGAGCGAAAGAACGGCAAGCCCAAAGAGAUCUGGUUGUUGACUCCUCUUCUGAUGAUUCUGGUUCCAGUCUUCGUGGCCAUUGUCUAUCAAUUGGCUUACGAAAUUGACGAGUUUGCCCAUGAGACCGAGCAUCAUUUACCAUAGUUGGAGAAUAUUAGGAAUUCAUACUAAGAAGUUAAACGGAGCUUUGUCACCCUG